UAGACUUGAUGUCCUCGGGUAUUGUGCACAGUACACAUGGUAAUCCCAGUGGUGCUACCGUAUCACGAACAAUGCCAGGGCUUGCACUGUAUGAUGCAAUAGAGACAAUAUAUAACUGAGCCAUUCCCUCCGCUCUGGAAGGUUGAUCGAUAAAGAAACUCCAUCGCAAUAUCGCAACAAUGACUUCCACCGCUAGAAUUACGACCUACCUCGAUUGCGGUAUGUUACCUCCCCGUGCCCUCCUCCCUUGGAGCAUGAAUGGUGCACCAUACCAUGAUAUGGCCAUAUAUAGCUAAUAAAUCAUCAAGUAUCCCCAUACUCCUACUACGCCUUCACUUUCCUAAACAAGCACCGCGCAGCCCUGGACUCCCACGGCGUCAAAGUAGACUUUGUUCCUAUCUUUCUCGGGGCCGUGAACGUUGCGACCGGGAACCAACCUCCGUGGAAGCUCCCCGCAAAAGCCGCGUACUCGGCAAUCGACGUGCAUAAUGCGAAGAGAUACUUCGGGCUUCCUGCGCUGAAGAGGCCGAGUGUGUUUCCGAUCCCCACGAUUAAGGUAUACUCACCUCUUCAUGGGGGGCGUGGUGAAUAAGGGCUGAUGGGUAGUUUAUCUAGCCGCAACGAGGACUAAUCUACAUAAAAUCUCACUUCCCAGAGGAAACCUACCUAGAGGCAUUCCGCCUUCUAUGGGUGUCGCUUUGGGAACAAGACAAAGAUAUCUCACAGGAGUCGCAGCUCAGGGAGACGUGGAGUGGAUUAUUUAAAGAGGGAGAGCUAAAGAAUAUCAUUGAAGCAACUGAGGAGGAGGAGUACAAGAACGCCCUGACGGAGAAUACCAAUGAAGCAGUUAAGAAUGGGGCCUUUGGGGCGCCGUGGUCAGUCGUUAGGAACGCAAAGGGGGAGGAAACGAGGUAUUUUGGGAGCGACAGGUUUCAUUUCAUGUGGGAGUUUCUUGGGAUUGGGGAUGGAGCUGGGUUUGUUCCGAGUCCUAAGGCGGUGCUUUGAUAUGGUAGGCUUUUUUUUGUUGCCUGCUUUUGUGCGCGAAAUUUGAUAGAAUGCAAUCUACUCCAGUUUUCCAACGUUUCAAUUCUCCGCUCAUACAGUAAUAAGAAAAGAGAACAAGAGAACCCUAGUUAUACAUGACCUAUGGAGGACCGAGUAUGGCAUAGGCUAGGGCCCAUCCCCUGGCCACCAAACUGCGGAACUUACAAUCACUUGCUGGUUCAACUGGAGCUAUUUCUCUACUUGUUGAGAGAACAGGAUAUUGUAGUCCAUGCUGUAGUCUUCUGCGCUCGGAAGUUCAUGCACAGCGCAGCAUCAAACCAGAGACACCCUCACCCUUCUCUAGGUAUCGCGAAUAUUAGAUGCCGUAAUUGGCCAAUGCUUGUAUCACACUGUUAAGAGGCGGCCCGGCCUGGUUUCCCUCACCCCUAGUAACCAACCAAACCUUCUUUCCAUAACAACAUUUGAAGCGGCCGAAAAAAAUCAAACCCUCUUCAUAAUAUCUCAGGUGAUUUUGUCCACUCUUUCACUAUCAAUACGCCUAAUAAAUUUAAUGUGGCCCGCGGUUGGUCUAAAACGUUAACAUAUCCAGUAAAUAGCGCAGGAAUAUACCAAGGGGAUUCACCUGGGAACUCGGCAGGGAGUGGGAAGGGCUGCGGGGGUUUGAUCAUAAACUUCUGUAUCCUUUUCAAUACUUUGGGGCUGACGGAGAAACAGGAAUAUAUGUUAUAAAACAGCAAAAGCGUUCUUACUCUUCCAAGGACCACCGCACAGUCUCGUUCCUCUGCAGACUCCCACAAUGACAAAAAGACAUUCCACCAUCAUCCCCCGACAUAGGAGUUACUUCCCGCAAACCCGGGAUAAAACGCUAGCGUAAGUAUCUCCCCUAGUGCCUCGGAGGCGGUAUUAAGAUAUGUGAACCUGCCAGGCCAAUAGCGAGGGAGACUGACUACUCUUACACGCCAGAGAUUUCGAAUAUGGUGUGAUACUAGUCCCCGAGGUGCAUCGGAUAAUGUAGUCUUGUUUCCCUGCGAGUAUCCAGGAGCUCUCAAGAUCUACAUCAGGUAAGAUACUCGAGUAGGCGGCCUUGGGGAAAGGAAUGGUAUGUCUCUCAAUGCUUAAUGUUAGCUUCAUUCGAUCCAAAAAGAUGUCAAUCCCGACGGACACGGGCACCGCGACCAAACCCCAACUGCGCUAGCUUCCGGAAAGGGGAAUAAAUAAGAUUGAAGCACCUCCUGCUACGGGACGACAUCAAUCCCCACCGGCCUGGCUUUCUCCCCGGCCAAGCACUAUUCUUAUGUGUUAUUUUAUGAGAACGAAGGCGCAGGCAGUGAGGCUUCUCUUAACCCCGGGAGAUGUCAACCGAGUUAGAAGAAGGUGGUCAAACACCAAUCAAACCGGCUCUCGAGCUGAAACCUGGUGGAGAGAAAACCUGGGAAACUAUUUAAAGGCAGCCAUGCCGAGUCAGGACAGGUGGGCAAGCAGGGCCGAGCUCCACUCCAGCAGGAUCUCCGGCAUGACUGCGAGGGGAUGGGUGUUGCUCCCAGCCCCGAUUACCUCCCGUCAUCAAGUUGUCUCUUAGUAGAUAUCCCCCUUAAUCAUGUAAACAGCAAAAAAAAAGCCGGGUGUACAGCAGGAAGGUUAGAAAUGCGCCACAGUUUCAUUUCUUUAAUAUGAUUUUCCUCCCUUUCAGGUAUAUUGAGCUGAGGGUCUCUUAGAGAGGGUAGAUCGCCCAACAAAGUGUUCCCCGUUGCUUUUGUCAAGCGCUGGAAUGGAAGCCGAAGGGAACGAUGAGUUGAGAGGACGAGCUUGUUGGUUUGCAGGUUGCACAUUUCGUAGUUAAACCAGCGAGAAAGGUGAAACAAAAGUAGAAUCCACUCAAAAGCUGGAUGAUCGAGCGGAUCAAUCCAUCAUCGUCCGCCGGAGCUAGGGGAAGUCGCCACUCUGCGGGUGAGGUAAACCAAGGAUUGGACUACCGUAUACACUUAUGAACCCGGUUUCCCGAUUUCCCCCUUCCCCAAUAUCUUUGUUUAGAUUGAAUGAAUACCAGAUCCCAGAAGGAUACUGGCAUUGAAUAUCGGAGUAGGAUCACGAUACCUGACACCCUGUUUC